CCAUGUUGUGAUCACAUGACCGACGCUGGUCGCCAUUUGUACUGUAUAAACAACGACCGGGUUAAAACCGUUUUGGUGUUUCUCAGUGAUCUAUAUCUGGUUUUAGUGCAAAUUCAUCAUCAAAAAUGUCUGAAGCAGAAGCCGUCGCCGCUAAUAAUUCUAUAAAUGAAGAAAACAAUCAGAAUGACAAAUCGUCUAAAGCGAAAAAAGCAAAAUCUCCGCGACUUUCCACCAUCGAUAGAACACGUGAAGAAAGCGAAGCUAUUACGAAGGGUCUAGGACCAGAAGUGGAAGGUCGAAGGCGCACAAGGUCUGCCGCCAAAGGAGUAACAGCUACUCCACCACCUCCAGUUAAGAAAGAGAAGAAGGAGAAGAAAGAAAGGAAAAGUACAAAUGCGUCGUCGCCGGUAAAAGGAAAAGGACGUGGCCGUCCCAAAAAGAAUGCUAGCGUUUCAGAAGAGGAAACCUCGCACGACGAAGGCAAAGAUAAUUCUGUAAAUGAAGUAGAUGCUAAAGAGGAUGACCAUGAGAAGAAGGAGGAGGCGACAGCUGAACCAGUUGCCGAAAAUAACACUCACGAGGAUGACGACGAUGACGAGAAGGAGGAAACAGCAAACAACAAUGCGGAAACUGAUUCCACCAAUGAAUCUGCUGAAAAUGGAGCAAAAGAAGAGUCUGGUGAUGCACCUGAAACAACAGAGAAGAGUGACACAGAAAAAACAGUUAAAACAGAGGAUAAAGCGCCGGCGAUAGACGGUGAUAAAACUUCAGAGUAAAAUUCUAAACUUCACUUCUCUUUUUUUUUUUACUAUAUGGGUACAAAACUUGCGUAUUCCGAAAUGUAAUUUUACCAAUUAUGUUAGAAAAAUUAUGCGAAAGACUUUCACUUUUAACAUAAACAUUUGAGUUUUAAUAUUAGAUUUUGUAACUUAUUGGUAAAAUUACAUUUAUAUAUAAGAAAUGUUAUUAUGUUCAUGCACUGUUAAUUAUGAUCAUGUAAAUUACUUUUUUAGGCAUUGACAGUGUCUGUGUUAUAAACGUACAUAUUAGCAUAUGUACCUGAAAUUAAGUAAUUAUCACGUCAUCGUAGCAAAUUCUAAAUUACUUACAUUAUUUUCAUUCAUUCAACCAAUCUCGUAUAAUAAUAGCAUUUUCAAAAUACAUCUCGCAUUUUAUGAUGUUGUGUAAAGAAGUAACAUUUCUCAUUUUUUUGUUUUUUUUUUUAAAUAACAUAACAUAUAGAGUGUAAUAUGGAAUGGAGGACGUUUAUAUCUAUUCUUUAAUAAAAGAAAAUGGAAUUAAAUUUAUGUUGUUCUCGAAUUUAUAAAUAAAUGUAUAACAUCUAUUUCUGUUGAUUAUGUUUGUACAUAUAAAGAAAUAUGUAAAUAUGUAGUGGAUCAGUUCUAAUAUUCUGUUAUAUAAUACACAUAAUAUCCACAGUAUUUUAUAAGUGACAAAAAAAAAAGGAAAAAGAGUAUUGAAAGAAUAAAACAAACAGAUUCGAUCAACACAAAUAGUGCAGAUUUAUAAUAUUACUUAGCAAGAAGAAUAUAUUUAUAAAUAGGUUUUAUGUAUGAAAGCUUUGCAUAUGGCCCAAAUCAAAAAGACGAAAGAUCUAAUACGUGGUAAGAAUGCAAAAUUUUCUAACUUUGAUAAGCUAACUCUUAAGAUUAGAUAUUUAUAGGAAGUAAAAUGCGCAAAAUGUGUGUUUAUAUUUUACACUGUAGUUCUCAAUGAACGCGACUACGUGAUGACUGGUGGCAAAACAAGAAUAAGCAAAUCCAAAUUGUAAAGUAGAUGUGGGUAUGACUGAUAUGCUAUAUGAAAUAAAUCAAUUCAGUUUUUAA